AAUAUACUUGUAAUUCAUAGGCAGAUAUCUACCGAGAGGGUUAAACACUUAGCAUCUGCUGAGGGUACCUUGGUAGACACCACACUACCCAUAAUAUGGUCGAAAACAACAACCCAAGGGUUUUUGGUUCUUCUAUGUUUCUAUGUUUGCUUGUGUUGAUGAUUUGGAACAAGAUUGUUGUUGUUGUUCCACAAGCCGAGGCUCGAGCAUUUUUUGUUUUUGGUGAUUCGCUAGUUGACAAUGGCAACAAUAACUACCUAUUCACCACUGCUCGUGCCGACUCAUAUCCUUAUGGCGUUGACUAUCCCACUCACAGGGCCACUGGCCGUUUCUCCAAUGGCCUCAAUAUCCCGGACAUUAUCAGCGAGAAAAUUGGGUCAGAACCCACAUUGCCGUAUCUAAGUCGCGAGCUCGAUGGAGAGAGGCUACUCGUUGGUGCCAAUUUUGCUUCUGCGGGGAUAGGAAUUCUCAAUGACACUGGAAUUCAGUUUAUAAACAUAAUUCGAAUCACCAGACAAUUACAGUACUUUGAGCAGUAUCAACAAAGGGUGAGCGCACUAAUUGGACCAGAGCAGACUCAACGACUGGUCAACCAAGCACUAGUCCUCAUAACCUUAGGUGGCAAUGAUUUUGUUAACAACUAUUACCUGGUGCCAUUCUCUGCAAGAUCACGCCAAUUUGCACUUCCAAACUAUGUUGUAUACCUUAUUUCCGAGUAUCGCAAAAUUCUUGUGAGGCUUUAUGAAUUGGGAGCAAGGCGAGUUUUGGUGACAGGAACGGGACCUUUAGGUUGCGUGCCGGCAGAAUUGGCGCAGCGUAGCAGAAAUGGGGAGUGUGCAGCAGAGCUGCAACAAGCUUCUGCUUUGUUCAACCCGCAACUCGUUCAGUUGGUGAAUCAACUCAACUCUGAAAUUGGUUCCGAUGUCUUCAUUUCAGCCAAUGCUUUCCAAUCCAAUAUGGAUUUUAUUAGUAACCCACAAGCGUACGGUUUUAUCACAUCAAAAGUUGCAUGCUGUGGUCAAGGACCUUACAAUGGGAUUGGACUGUGUACUCCGGCGUCUAACUUGUGCCCAAACAGAGAUGUGUAUGCGUUUUGGGACCCCUUCCAUCCAAGUGAGAGAGCAAACAGAUUGAUUGUGGACACAUUCAUGAUCGGAGACUCCAAAUACAUGCACCCAAUGAAUCUCAGUACCAUGUUGCUUUUGGAUUCAACUUCAAGGACCUAGCUAAUUAUUAUCUUCUUCCUGUUAGGGUCGUGGCAUACAUUCUGCACUAGAUUUUGUGUUAUACAUUGAUUGUUUAAGCUAUAUUGUUACAAAUUAUUUGAAACCACUGGAUUUCGUAUGAUUUUUUCUCUCUCUAAUCUCUGCUUUGAGGGAGGAAAAUAGAGAAAGGAAAGUCCAUUGUGUGAUUGAAUGUCCCAAUUGUAACUUGUGAGGCAUGUAUUGUUCGGGUGAACUGGGUCAGAUAAUUUGUGGGUAGAGGCUAAGCCCAAAAUCAGUUUGGGCUUGAAGCUUUAAGUGUGAUAAAUUUAGGUAUCCGAGAUGUAUUAGUAAUUUACAACAAAAAUUAUUCCAUGCAAACCUUAGCUUAAAUCCAUAUUGUUAACUCGUUGUUCGCAACAAAUUUGUCAUAGUAAAUUAUUCAAAAUUGCGAAUCUCAAUUUCCA